UACAAACAUCACAGUUUCGUUCUCACUCUCCAGAGAAAAACCCAAAGUUUUCAGAUUCAAAAAAUGGCUUCAGCAACAACCGGAGCUCCGGAAAAAACGGUUACGGGUUACCCGGCUCAGUCGAGCCAUGUCGCAGCCGGGUACCCAGCUUACGCCUAUGUGGCGCCACCUCCAUCUUAUGGGCCGGGCCUAGGCCCAAACCCGGUCCAAGAUUAUUACCGGCGCCGGAACGCCUUCCUCUGCCGUGUGAUCACCUUCGGCACCGUCGUGUUCGGAAUCAUCGGGUUCAUAUUCUUCAUCGCCUGGCUAGUUCUGAAGCCACGUAUGCCCGAGUUCCGAGUCGACUCAGCCUCGGUUUCCGAACUCAACGUAACUCAGUCCGAGUUAUCGGCCGAUUGGAACUUCACCCUCUUUGUCCGAAACCCUAACACCAAGCUCAGCCUCUACUACGAUCGCCUCGAAGCCUCGUUGUUUUACUACAGUAGCAGAGACAGUCUCAGUACGACGCCGUUGCAGCCGUUUUCUCAAUCCAAACGGAACCAGACCUGGGUCCCGGUCCGAUUCGAGGUGAUGAGCGAGUACGUCGGCGAAGACGUGGCGGCUCGGAUUUCGGGCGAGAAAUCGACCGGGUCGGUGGGUUUUAGGGUCCGAGUUUUCGCUUUGGUGAAGUUUAGGUCUGGGUUUUGGUGGACGAGAGAGCGUUUGUUGCGGGUUUAUUGUGACCGGGUUCAAAUCGGUGUUGACCCGAAAAAUGGGACCGGGUCUUUGAUGGGUCAACCCGGAGCUUGUGAGGUUAAUCUGUAAGACUGUGAGUAGUAUUUUUUUUUUUUUUUUAAAUUUCCAAAAUGGGUCUUUUACUAUGUGACAUUAUUGUCAAUUACAGUAUUUUAAGUCAAUAAGAUAAAUAAAACAAUUGCACAUAGGUUUGAAUGAUCGAAACGGAGUUGAAUUGAGUUGCUCUAGCUAUGUGUACUUUGCUGGGACUAUAUCUUGUAUGAAGUAGUAGAACUUUAACUA